AAACGAAUUAUCAAAGGGAUAUAUACGGAUUUAUACGGUCCUUACUACUAUUAUACUACAAAUUUACCACCUUCGAGUUUCUACACAUACAGACACACUUGGAACGCCUCGGUUUUCCUUUUCCGGCGAGUUUCACACUAGAUCAGCCCGCCAUCUGGUCCUCAUCCACCAGAAUACACCCAGUGACACCUUUGUACCUCGCGCCACGAAGGACACAAAACCGACCAGUCAACACUGUUGAACUCUCAUCAUUUUACACAUCUAUAAGACCAAGGCUUUAUUCCGAUCACAGUUAUGUCGCCACCAUCUAACAUGGGUCCCGUUGAGACCCUCGACAUGUUCGACAACAAGAACUCAUUCGAUGCCCAGCUACAAACCGAUCUCGCAUUCAACGAGAAGAUCGCUGUGGACAUCGUGGCGCCACAGACCGAGGAGAUCACCCUCGACCUGAAGAGCGCACCCACCGAGGAUGUACCACCAAGAACUAUUUGUGUUUUCUGCGGAGCUUCCUCGGGCAAUUCCCCAGCAUUCAUGCAAGCGGCUCGUGACCUCGCGCGGGAAUUCCACAAGCACAACAUUAAGCUCGUGUACGGUGGCGGAACCGUAGGACUGAUGGGCGAGAUCGCUCGUACCCUCGUCAGUCUGUCCGGACCAAGCGCCGUGCAUGGGAUUAUUCCAGAACCGCUCGUCGUCUUCGAGCAGGGUCCAGAUAGCAAGGCUCCUUCGAAGAACGGAGGGAAGCACGGCGUCCCUGAUGAGGCCACCUACGGAACGACUACCAUCGUCGACGACAUGCACACAAGAAAGCAGAUGAUGGCUCAGGCUGUCAUGAAGGGAGGACCGGGCUCUGGGUUCAUUGCCCUCCCAGGAGGAUAUGGUACGCUGGAGGAGCUUAUGGAGGUUGUCACGUGGAACCAGCUUGGUAUCCACGGCCGCGGCACAAUCGUCCUAAACAUCGAAGGAUACUGGGAUGGUCUCCUCAGCUGGGUCGACAACUCGAUCAGCUCUGGCUUUGUUCGCGAAUCCAACCGCAGCAUCAUCGUUCCAGCCAAGACAGCCCAAGAAGCUGUUGAGUUCCUCUCCGACUACAAGCCGGCCGAUGGGCGCUUCAAGCUUGCUUGGAAGACGCUAUAAGCGGCGAUAUCCUCUUUUUUUAUCUCCAGCGAUUUCAGUACUUUUAUCAUGAUUUGACGUCGCUAUGCAUAGCACGGAGUUUGGGGAUCACUAUGUAGCUGGAUUUGCUGCAUAUAUAGCGGGUUUUUGGGGGUCUUAGGAGUCGGCUUACGAUUUUACUAGACCAACAGUGUGCCCAUUUGCCACGCUUUAGAUACACCUACUGGCGUAUAUGCUAGCUUUUGGAUGCAAAUAAAUAGAAUAAAUUUUAUAAAAACAUACA